GAUCCGGGAAGGAGGGGGCGCGGGGAGGAGGCUCCGCGCCACCGCGAGGGAGGAGGGAGGGCGCGCAGUCCCAGCCCAGAGCUUCAAAACAGCCCGGCGGCCUCGCCUCGCGUCCCAGCCCGUCCGUCCGUCCAGCCUCCAGCGCCGGGAGUGGAAUUGUCGGGUCCUCUGGUAACCACGUUUAAUUGCUUGAAGAGCAGCCAGACUGUCGUGCAAAGUGGCUGCACCUUGUCGUGUCCCUACCAGCUGGCUUCUUGGAAGCCUCUGCUGAUGAAGCCCCUACCAAUCUCAACCUCUCUCCCUCUCUGGGCUUUAAGCGCGACCCCCGGCCCCACCGCGCCCUGGGAACAUGUUGGUACUCCUGGCUUUCAUCAUCAUCUUCCACAUCACCUCGGCCGCUUUGCUGUUCAUCGCCACCAUCGACAAUGCCUGGUGGGUAGGAGAAGAAUUUUUUGCAGAUGUCUGGAGAGUGUGUGUCAACAGCACGAAUUGUACAGAAAUCGAUGCGAGCUUCCAGGAUUACCCCACGAUGCAGGCAGUCCAGGCCACCAUGAUUCUGUCCACCAUUCUCUGCUGCAUUGCCUUCCUGAUCUUUGUGCUCCAGCUCUUCCGCCUAAAGCAGGGAGAGAGGUUCGUGCUAACCUCCAUCAUCCAGCUCAUGUCAUGCCUGUGUGUCAUGAUUGCGGCUUCCAUAUAUACAGACCGGCGUGAAGACCUUCACAAGAAUAACCUGGGAUUGUACGCCCUGACCCAGAACGGCAACUACGGCUACUCCUUCAUCCUGGCGUGGGUGGCCUUCGCCUUCACCUUCAUCAGCGGCCUCAUGUACCUGAUCUUGAGGAAGCGCAAAUAGAACCCCGGGGCCAGGUUGCUUUUGCUGCCGUACAGAGUCCAUGCUCAGAUAACCGUUUUGUAUAUAAUCAAUUAUUUUGUGUGUGGUUUUUCUAGCAAACAUAUUGUUUCCUUUAAAAGCCAAAAAAAAAAAAAAAAGAGAGAGAGAGAGGGAGAGAGAGAAGAGUUUUUGCAUUCUCGAGAUCAGAGAAUAGACCAUGCAGGCUGGGAUUUAGAACUCCUGCCCAUCUGAAAGUCUCAACGAGACAAAGCCCCAAGUCCAGCAAUGCUCAAAUCUAAAAACGUUUGGCGGAAUGUUUCUUAACCGAGGGGAUAUGAUGUGAUGUGAGAAGAGAGCCAAGAAGGCCAGGUCUCAGGGGGCCAUCCUUCCCCAGGUGUGAGCCACACCAAGCUCCCCCUCAGCUCAGGCUCCCCUCCCCUUACUGUGUGUCUUAGGGUUGGAGGUGGGGUGAGGGGGGAAGCCUCCUCAGAUGUUUGGCCAAGUUCCAUGUGAGAAGCAGGUGUCGCCCCCGCUGUUCUGUCUAUACCCAGACCAGAGCCCCGACCCUCCUGUAAUGGGCUGGGUCCAGAAAGUGCCACGGACCUUUACUGACACGGUUACCCGCUUGCCUUAGGGAAGGCGAUCUUUAACCUGGGGUCGGAUUUACGUUCACCCUAAGGCAAAGAAUCUCAGCAUGUGAUCCCCAGCAAACGUAGUAACGGGGGCCCUUCCUAGGCCCAUGGAAUCAGAGUCUUCAGAGAAGGGGCCUGGGCACCUGCAUUUCUCACAAGCUCCUUGGUGAUGCGUAGGUGACCCGAAGCUGAGGUCCACGGCCCCAGGGCCAGGCGAGCAGAGCUGCCUCAUAAAUGUUAAAGACCUUGUCAUGUCACGCCACUGGCCUCCAUCACCCCCGGCCUUCCUUGUCUCUUCAGCUGCUCCCAGGUGGGCCUUCCCAACAGCAGCCCAGGCCCUGCGUCCAGAUAGCCAGAUAGCCUAGGGGUGCUGCUUCCCCCCUCCUCUAAGUGGGAAGGCCUGGUCCUUCUCCUCCUGCCCUGCCUUCUAAGGCUGGCAGACCUCCGCUGACCCCCAUUUCUAGAGCCUCAGCGGACCCACCCACCAUUCAUUCCACAGCAUAAAUCACAGGGGGCUUGGUGCAUGCCAGCCACGGAGGAUAUCGUGCGGGACAGUCUCUCUCCUCCGGGGCUCACCGUCCUGUGAGGGAGGCAGAUGGAAAACUUAGGAAAAGUAAUCACACACUGUGGGGAAGGUGGCAGAGAACACAACCCUGGGUUCAGAAGCGAGGCCCAUGGGCGGGAGGGAGCCUGCUCUAUGCCAGCCUGUUUUUAAACGCUCCCGGAGGCACUUAGAUGGGCCGCAGUACCGCUCUGGCCAGUCACACGGAGAGCCCUUGCUGGGUGGGGUGGUCUGGGUUACCCCCAGAGGACACUUCCCUGGAGUCCCAACUGCAAAUGAAGCCGUGAGAAGCUUCCAGAUUGCCGUGGCUUUCAAACGUCAGCGUGCACGCUGCCCCUUGGGGAACAUGCUUUGCCAGGGUCUGGGUGAAGAGCGCUCCAGACGAUUCUGAGACCGUCCUGCAGGAUGCCGUGGGGAGCUUGCCCUCAGGUGUGCAAGCACCGCGAGUGUGUGGCAGGGCAGGUGACCCCGGGGAGUGCCCGCAGAAGCAGCUUUCCACCCCUCGCUGUCUGGAGCCUCCCGUGUUGAGAGCGCGCUGCCGGGGCUGCGUGCUGGGGCCCCGUGUGGGACUGUGUACGUGCUUCUGCACUUGACCUUCAGCAGCCGGGUCCCGUGGAGCUGGGAGGAUGUCUGCUUUGAGUGAUUUAGGGCCGCCAAGGAUUCCAGAGCAGGACUGGGUUUUCUCUCCAUCCACUCAUUCACUCAUUCCUUCGUUUUCAACCGACUUUUCAGUGCUUACUAUGUGCCAGCCAAUGUGUGAGGCUCUCAAAACACAGGGCAAGCAAAUUCAGACACCCUCUCUGAGGCAGGACCCCAACACAGUGCAGGGUGACACAGGGACAGAGACGAGAUCAAUGUCACCUCCUGCGUCCACGGCAAACUCCCAUCAGUCCUGCUGUGGGUAGGAGUGCGGGUCACACCCCUGGGGUUUGCAGGAUGCUAGGUGAGCCUCCAGGAGGAAGGUGGGGCUAUGUGCCCCAUGGCUUUCCACCCAGGUGGCUUUUCUAGAUUUUUCUUGUAGCCACAAUGGAAACAAACGAAAACUCUUAGAGCCAGAAAUCUGGAAAGCCUACUCCCCAGGCAGUGUGUGAAUAUCCUUCCCCCAAACUUGAACAUCUGAGAUGACCCCAUGGACCUUAUUGGCGGGUCGCUACUUCUGUGUAGCAUACAGUGUCCAAGUCCAUCUGUGACGCCAGGGUUUCGUGAAACAUGAGAGCUGCUUUCCCCACCCCCACCCCCGGCGGUGUGACCUGCAUCGGGGAAGCGAGGAGGAGAAAACUGUCCAACCUCCUUACCUGUAGGUAGAACCAGCCCUCACUCCGUGCUUAUCAUCUGUUACUCAAGGACAACCCCGACACACAAAAUUAGCUGACAUACCCAAGAAGCAAAUAUUAGGACCAAAUGCGUUACCCGUAACAACUGUAUUUGAAGGAACUGUAGUUUGCGCCUUUUAGAACAUUUUUAUAAAGUACUGUAAUUCUUGCAUGGAGGGGCUGUGGAUGGAGACAGACUAACUUGUUUUGUUAUUUGCAUUAAAAUUACUUUGGGUCUCUGUUCA